GAGUAAGCUGUCAACCCAGCUGGGUGGCCGCCUUGGCCCAGCUGAUUUGAUCAACACAGUCCAGCUGAGGAGCCGGUGGGACGUGGGCUCCUGUAGUGCUGAUCUUCUUAGUUUAUUUUCCACAUUUCCAGCGUCUUGAUAUUGUACAGCAGUCAUGGCUGGCGAGUUAGUAAGUGUGGAACAGUGCCUGGACAGCCACAUUCCUGAGCAGGAGCUGAAAGAGGUCAAGAGGAUUCUGUAUGGAUGCGAACACCCCCCCCUUACAAUCCCAGAGAAUGCUGACAAAUUAUCAAAGAAGCACAACUUUGAAAUUAAAGGCUACCGGAUCUCUGCGGCUCCAGAAGAGCUAACACAACCCAGAAUUGUACGUGUAGGUGUGAUUCAGAAUUCCAUUGUUGCCGAGACGUCGGCUCCAGUUUCUGCUCAGCGUGCUGCUCUCCAUCAGAAAAUUACUCGCAUGACUGAAGCUGCAGCACACUGUGGAGUUAAUGUUCUAUGUUAUCAGGAAGCUUGGACUAUGCCGUUUGCUUUCUGCACACGAGAGAAGCAGCCUUGGUGUGAAUUUGCAGAGUGUGCCGAGUCAGGACCAACUACUCAGCUCUGUCAGGAGCUUGCUCGAAAAUACAACAUGGUGAUUGUGUCUCCAAUUCUUGAGAGAGAUCACAUUCAUGGUGACACGCUGUGGAAUACUGCAGUGGUCAUUAGCAACACGGGAUAUUAUUUGGGAAAGUCCCGUAAAAACCACAUCCCGAGGGUGGGAGACUUCAAUGAAUCCACCUACUACUUGGAGGGGGAUACUGGCCAUGUAGUCUUUCAGACACAGUUUGGCCGCAUCGCUGUCAACAUCUGUUACGGCCGCCAUCACCCUCAGAACUGGAUGAUGUAUGGUAUAAAUGGAGCAGAAAUAGUAUUCAAUCCAUCUGCCACUGUCGGAGGACUCAGUGAGCCAUUAUGGGGUAUUGAAGCAAGGAAUGCUGCAAUUGCAAAUAGUUACUUCACGUGUGCCAUUAAUCGUGUCGGUACAGAAACAUUUCCCAAUGAGUUCACCUCAGCCGAUGGAAAACCCGCACACAAAGACUUUGGUCACUUCUAUGGGUCAUCGUAUGUAGCAGCACCUGAUGGCUCUCGAACCCCGGGUUUAUCGAGGACUCACGAUGGACUCCUUGUUUGUGAGAUGGACUUGAAUCUCUGCCGACAAAUGAAAGACUGCUGGGGUUUUAGGAUGACUCAGCGUUUGGACCUGUAUACGGGAUCAUUGUCUGCUGCCAUUCAGCCUGAUUAUCAGCCACCAGUGGUUAAGGACAUGUGCUGAGAAUGAUUCGAAGUUAAUUACUUCCCCCCCCCCAAGCACAAUGAUUUGAAAUUUUACUUUUCUGUUAAUAUGUAUUAACACUGCAAUUUAUUUGUGUAGUAACCUUACUUUCAAGUAUAUGAUGGAUAGCAUAGCAUCGUUUACACAUAAAUACAACUUCGAGUAUUGCUUCUUAAUAAUAUUUAAAAUAUUACCAUUUUGAUGCUUGUGCAAGUCUUCAAAUAUUGAUGGUUAUUGAAUUUCAUUUAGUAUUGAAUUUUUCAAAUGGCCUCAAGCACUGGAACCAGUCCUUUUUAUCAUAAUUUAUCGUAAAGUUAAUUUUAAUGUUCCUAGUUCAUCUCUGUUAGUAAAUAGACAUUUGCAUUAUGAGCAAGAAAUGUUUGGAUAUGAUAUAGGCAAACUUUAUUAAAAAUACUUUACAAUAAUUACUUCUAACUUGGAUAAAGUAUUAUUUAUGUAAAGUGAAUGCCCAUUGGCUUAAUAAUAUAAUAUUUUGAAACAAUGAAUGCUGCUACAGGUAUUUUGUUUACACUGUUAAUUGAAAUUUAACAAGUUUCAUAUUUUUGGUUUUCACAUACAGGUAUACAUUUAUUCAAGAGUUUUACUUCGUCUUACUCGAUUAUUUGCCUUAAUUCAAAGCUUUCAAUCUUUCUGCUUGCCAGUAUUCAUGUGAAGCUAACCAGGAGAUAAAUUACAUUGCUAGAGGUGUUGUAAUACUGUACAAAUUUUGCUGAACCUUGGGACUAAGAUGCCGCUUCUUUAACCGAAAGGUCCCUAGUUUAUCACAGCAGAACAGAAAUAUUUGUGUAUGUUGCUUUUCACUUUGCCUAUGUUUACCUAGCAGGAAAUGGGUACCUAGGAGUUAGGCAACUGAUGUAGGUUGCAUCCUGAGAAUGGUCAGUAUGUAAUUGGCUUAGGAAUGCCUCAAUAAGUUUGGACAAAUUUCCUGUCCCAGAUUAUGGGGAAAUGAAUUAUCUUCCCUUUCUGGCAGAUAUGUACAAAUCACAGGUAAGCUAUAUAUUGUAUUUGGAGUCAUCUUUGUUUAUGGUUUGGAGAAUUGUGGCUAAGCAAGUUUGAAAUCUUUUCUACCCCAUUAUAUGUCAUGAAGUGAAAUGAGUUUUGGUUCAUCCUGGACCCUUCUUAUCAAGUUAUAAUGACUACAAGUACCUAGGACACACUGAAGCAUCAUCACUUUAGUUUCAUAUGUUGGGGGGGGAGGAAAGGGGGGGUAUAUGUUUUCAGGCACGUUAGUGAGACUUUCCCCCCCUGCAUGUCAUGUAGGUCGAUUUGAGUAGUUGGUAGUUAGGUAAGGAGCUGCCAUUGGUGCAGUAAAUAAAAAUACUGUAGUGUUAACUCCUAGCAACAGGACUCCAAUGGAAGAUUAGUCAUGUUUUAUACUUUUAUUAAAAAUGCUGUUAAUUAGUACUGUAAGAUUCCAGUAACAUUUAUUUUUGUUUAAUAAAAUUUUAUGAACUUUUAUUUCAAAGGUUUUCUCGAUUGUGAUAUGAUUAUAAUAUUAUAUUAAUUCUUUAGUUAUGGUAUAUGUUGGCUUCAGGUGAAUUUCAAAGCAAAUUUCAUGUUAAUUUAUUAUGAUUAAAGAUGUAUUUGUGUAACUUAAUUUGGAAUUUUCUCUGUACAUAAAAAAAUUAAAUAAAGCUAUUAUUGAUCA